AACGUGGGGUCUCUGGUGCUUAUGUUCUCGGAUUCUUCACUUAUUUGCCAUCCCGUGUAGGAUGCGUAUCUCGUAUCUCUCUGAUCAUCCCGCUUCCCUGUCACAGUAGUGGCAUGUAGCUCUAGACACCUUUGAGCUACGCUUUCUACCGUAUAUAAUUUAUCACCGAGCUUGUCACAGCGUUUGCUGUGAUGUAUCCCUUCCUUGCAGGUCCAGCAUUGGCUGGAUCCAUCGCGGACAUCGAGCAUGUCGUCCUCUUCAUGCAAGAAAACCGUGCUUUUGACCACUACUUUGGGACUAUGGCCGGUGUACGUGGUUUCUCGGACCCCAACGUCCAAUUAAACGAUGGUGUUCCUGUUUGGCAACAAGAGGUCAACUCUGAAUUGACAACAGAAGCUUCUUAUCUUCUCCCCUGGUAUCUCAAUUACCAAGGUGGAAGCUUCCUAAAUGCGACACAAUGCAUGGUGGCAGGAGACAAUGGAUGGCAGGAUAACCAUGCUGCCCUGAACGGAGGCUUGAACAAUCACUGGGCUACUAACAACACUCCAUGGAGUUGGGGACACUUCCAACGGAGCGAUAUCCCGGUUCAGUAUGCGAUUGCUGAUGCAUGGACCGUUGGUGAUAUGUAUCAAGAAUCAGUCAUUGCUUCGACCAAUCCGAACCGUGUUACUUGGGCAUCGGGUUCAGUCAAUGUGCCAGGAAGUCCCCAGACAAAAUCGGAAGGUGGAUACCCCUACAUUGAUAAUAAUGAAACCCCCGGUUGCGAGAAUGGUGGUUUCAACUGCUACCCACUAUCUUGGAAGACGGCAGCAGAAUUCUAUGAAGAUGCUGGUGUCUCAUGGUCCGUUUUCCAAGAUGCUGACAACUUCGACGACAAUCCAUUGGCCUGGUUUUCUCAAUUCCAGGAAGCUUUACCCGGGUCUCAAUUGAGAAACAAGGGAAUGGUUGGCAGUACUCUUGAUGACUUUUAUGCCAUGGCUGCCAAUGGCACUCUCCCUGCCAUCUCGUACGUCGUGGGUCCUACUGAAUUAAGUGAACAUCCUCCUUAUGCUCCACGUGAUGGAGCUUGGUUGCAGAAAAAAAUCGUCGACGCUGUAACUCAAGGCGCAGGCUACAACAAAACGGCACUGAUAAUCUCUUACGAUGAGACGGGGGGAUGGGGUGAUCACGUUGUCCCAUACCACUCUCCCAAUGGCACAGUAGGAGAGUGGCUCAAUGAUCCUUAUAACGAAGUCGGAUACACAUAUAGUGGUCCUGGUUUCCGACUACCAUUUUACAUUGUCUCUCCAUGGACAAGAAACGGAAACGUGUUCACUGAGCAUGCGGAUCACAAUUCGCAAAUUUUGUUCGUCGAAGAAUGGCUUGCUGCAAAGGGAAUAAAUGUUACCACUAACCAAAUGGCUCCUUGGAGACGCCAGCAUAUGUCCUCCCUCACUAAUGCCUUCGACUUUUCCAACCCCGACUACUCCCUUCCGUCUUUGCCAUAUGCACCUGCACCUCACACAGAUUCUUCGGGUGCUUAUGAUGGAGCGCCACACUGCGAGGGCUUGUACGCUACCACUAGACCCACGGUGCCAUAUACCCGCCAAAUCUCACCCAACAACGUCUCAUCCCUCUCAGAGCAAGGCUUCAAGGCUAUGCGUGGUGCUCUGACGGAAGGCCGCUAUAUCGUCUUUGAGAUGGGUGGAUAUGCUUUGACCAACGCUGGACAUCCAUCUACGGACUUUGCAGCGAGCAAAGCAACAGCUACGCACAACGACAUUAACCAACGAUGGGUUGUGCACAGCUUGGUUGAUGGAGGCAAUACCUUCACUAUCAGCAGCGCCAAGGAUGGGAGAUAUAUUGGCGCUCACACAGCUUUGAUCGACGAUUCUAGAGGAGCAGAAACUUAUCAAGUGACUUUCAAAGCAGGCGAAGGUUAUUCCCUUCAGAAAGAAAAUGGAAAGUAUAUAACGGUGGAUGAGCAAGGACAUGUGCAGAUCACGGCCGAGGCUUCGUAUUUCAAAGCUUUCAGCGUAACGUACUCCAGCUAGGGUUUGAUCAGACGAAGGGGCUUUUAGGUCCAAGAGCGCUUCCAAACUCUUGGAUUCAGUGUGUAUUUGCUUCAACAACAUAUUGUAAUAGUCUCAAAUAGGUACUUUUUGGAUCUAGAAGACAAGUUCUGUCGCAGCGGCCUUGAGCACUAACUCCGCCUAUUAUAAUGUUGAUAAUGACCUCAGAGAC